AUGUAUAAGUUAUUAAUACCUAUCAAAGCAGAUCUGCCAGUGGGAAGAAACUUGCAUGAUCACGCUUCUACGACUGGAUUACAGUUUCAAGUGAAUACUUUCACAUUUGCGGAUCACAGAAUUACGAAAGAGUUUUAUGAAGAUGCUUUACUUAAUGGAAAAGGACCACUAACAUCUUCUGGCGGCGUUGAUGCAAUUGGAUUUAUAAAUUCUAAAUAUAACGAACAAUUUGAUAGACCUGAUAUUGAGAUAUUUUUAGUGUCAGGAUCUAUAACUACUGGAACAGCUCUAAGAACACUUCUCGGACCAAAUGAAGAGUUACAACAUGCCUUAGAUAAGUUUAAAGAUUCGGAUGUUAUCACCUGUAUUCCAUUUGUUACACGUGCAAAAAGUCGAGGGACUCUGAUACUAAAUUCCACAGAUCCAUACGAGAAACCGUUAAUUGAUCUUAAUUACUUUUCUCACCCGUAUGAUAUAAAAAUUCUUAUAGAAGGAAUGAAGUACUGUUUAAAAUUGACAUCGACAGAACCAAUGCAACGAUUCGGAGCUCGUCCUCUUCCUUACACUAUACCUGGAUGUGAAAAAUAUGAAUGGCUUAGUGACGAAUAUUUAGAAUGUAUGGCCAUUACUUUUCCUUUUGCUGCUCAUCAUUUUGUUGGAACGUGCAAAAUGGGUCAUCCUACUGACCCAACUACAGUAGUUGAUCCAAAACUUAAAGUUAAGAACGUAAAAGGAUUAAGAGUAGUGGAUGCUUCGGUUAUUCCAAACAAUAUAGGAUGCCACACCAUGGCGCCCGUCAUGAUGAUUGCUGAUAAAGUCUCGGAUUACAUUCUAGAUGAUUAUAAAAGAAAUCAUCAAUAUGAAUACAGAAAGUAGUUAUUUCCUUCGUAAAUUUAGAAAUGUAAAUAUACAAAAAUGUUUAAUAAAAUU